AUGUAUGACUUACUCGAGCAAAAAUUUUUUGUGCGGGAAAUCAAAUUCGCUUCAGCCUAUUAUUUACGCACCGGCAAAGCCCUGAACAAUAGCAAGACUCCGAUAUUUCAGCGAAAGCAUUCUUUGCCUGCGUGGCUUUCGUCCGCGGUUAUUAUUACUGCGCCUGUUAGCAACGACGGAAGUCACUCGAUUCUAUUUGCUCGUAAAACUCUAAGAAUGAUAAUGCCUAUGUUUAGUCCGCUUUUCAACAGAAGUCCUGACGAUUGCCCUUCUCAUCUGACCGCUACCCAUAUCUUUCAGCAAUUCAGCGCUAUGCUGGAUUACGGACAGAGUACAAAGGAAGCCACUAACAAGCGCAGGUUAAUAAAGGGUUCUGACCUACUUGUUGCCUUGGAUCGGAAUUGUAUUCCUUCAGCCCCCUUUGUCCCCGAAAUUGCCCUGCGUAAAAGCGGCGCAGUGGGGUCCUAA